AUGGAAAAUAAAAGCCUCCCUAAAGCCAAGUUUCUGUGCAACGUCUGCGGCAAGGAAAGCGCAUCAGGGCCCUCUCUAAAACGGCAUGUGAGGUAUUGCAUUCGAAGGGGUGCAAUAAGCCGAAGCCGGAAGAAGUCGUGCCAACACUGUGCUCAGGCCAAAGCCAGAUGUGAAGUAUCCGCCCGGGGAUGCCUCAGAUGCUCAGGAAAAGGGCUUGCGUGUUCAUUGGCAGUUCCCAUAAGCUCUGACAAUAAUGACAGCAUGGAAUUUUGGAACAGUUUUGCUUUAGAUCCUGGGGCUCCCACCAAUUUGGACAUGAACAGCCUGCCAAUUCAAGACAACCCGUCUUCAAAUGCUCCUGACUGUCAUUUCCCAUUCGACCUUUUCAUGCCAUCGAACACUCUUCUCAGUGGCCCUGGACCCGAAAAAGAAGCAGGCAUUGAUCUGGGGCUUAACUUGAUUGACCCUACAAAUAACCAUGGCCAAGCGCAGGCACCGAGAUUAUUUGAACCCAGGCAAUUCCACGCGCCGGGCGCAAUCAUGGCCUCAACAAUGGGAACCGGAAUCCUCAAGUCCUACCCUUUAAUGAUGAGAAAUAGAACCGAUUUACCUCCAUUUAUUCAUCCUUUCUGCUACGGCUCGGAAAGAAAUGGCUGGAAAUUACCUCUAUCGCUAGAACGAGCAUCAUCUAUCGCCUCUUCUCUCGCGGAUAAGUCUCCCAGAACCAUAUCAAAUAUUCGCGAGGAGCAGCAGAGAAUCGACGAAACUUUGUUAGAAAUGGGGAUGGAGGACCUGAUCAGCUCCGGACAGGCCCUGAUAAUUUAUAUUCUCAUGAGAAUCGAGAGCGGCCCCUCGGAACUAGAUGAAGAUGUGCAUUUGUACGCGACUCUCUCCCGGGUCUGUUUUCGCAUCCCGUCCCUGCCGGGAUUUUAUGAGAAAAUGGCAGAAUUCUCCCCGUGGAAGCAGUGGAUCAUCGUGGAAUCGAAGCGGAGGCUGAACAGCACGUUGCGUCUCAUGUCGCAGCUUUACAGCCUAGACGUGGCGCCCAACCCAUGCAAUGUAUUCACUGCUAUGCCUCUCCCGGCAAGCAAAAUGUUAUGGAAAGCAUCAAGCGAGCAAGAAUGGGAGGCGGAGAUAGCCAGAGAUGACUUUUACAAGAAACUGAGUCUGCGGGAUCUGAUGAAGUUCAAGGGCACGGGGGAGUGUGGCCAGCCCAGCAGGGAGGAAUGGAGCAGGUGGUAUUCAGGAACGGACGAGUUAGGAAUACUGGUUGUUAUUUCCGCUAGCUUAUUAUAA